CAUAAGACCAGCCGUCCAACGUAAAUUUGCUUUACAGGGGAGACGGCAGGAAAAGAGCGAGGAUAAGACAUGUGAAAAAGAUUUUCCUUAUGUCCUUUUGAACAUGUAAUAUUACCUCUCUCGCUUUUUUAGUAGUAUAAAACAUUUUAUAUGCAUUUCGCAGUGUUGUUGAAUGUUUAAAAUCCGCUUCUAUCGUAUCCAGCUGGCAUGUAAACGGUUAGGUGUGCUCCUGGUUUGUUGUUUAUAAAUAUUUUAGUUUGCCGCUGACUGUCUAAAUGUAGUUUUACUUGUCUUAUUGGGCUGUUUUAUGUGCUUUGAACCAUAAUAAUAAAUAAUUUAUUCGCUAACUCUUCGACAGCACGUGGGAAAGUAACGAUUUACGCCUUACAAUCGACUGUAAACUUACAUUUGCUAUCGCUCUUAGAAAACAGUGCUUGUGGUCCAUAAUAAUCAGUAGUUUUGAGUCGUUUGUAAUGAAGUUGUUGCGUUUGUUGAGUGUCAAUGGUGUUUGUCCUAAUCCGUUUAUCCCUGUUUAACACAGAGCUGCUCUGAUUCCCUUUGAAAGUAAGACUGAUGAUGACUGCACAUAUUUCACACAUCACCUGUUUCACGAGAGCACAGCGACAAUAUGGAGAUAGUGUGUUAUUGGUGCGAGUUGCAUUGCCAUUAAAUAAAUCAUGGUCUUCUUUCUUAAAGUUUGCAGACAAGACAUUUGACUACACAGUAUUUGUCUUUAACAGGAUUGUUAAUUGUAGCUCAACUUAAUUUGUUCUUCCAUAUUGUUCAACCAAUGUACAUUGUUUGGGAUAUUUGCAGUUCUUUUCACAGAAAAACUGAUCUUAUGUGCUUGAAGGUUGGUUAUUGAUUGAUUGAUUGAUUGAUUUUCCUGUCUUCCCAUUGUAAACAGAAUGGAGAACUCCUCUAAAGAAGAGUACACGAUCCAGUCGUUUGAUUUGGAGACACAGAAACUCCUCAAAAUUGCCUUGAAAGGCUUUAGGGUGAACAACAUGCCCAUGAUGGCCCUGGUGCACCCCGUCUAUGACUGUUUGUUCAGACUGGCCCAAUCUGAUGCCCUGAAGAACGAGGAGGAGGUGGACUGCCUGGUGUUACAGUUGCAUCGUAUUGGAGAUCAGCUGGAGAAGAUGAACCUGCAGCUCAUGGAUGAGCUGUUCAAUCUCCUGAGGGAUGGAUUUCUCCUGCAGGAGGACCUGAGCUCCAUGGGUCGUCUGCUCUUGCUAGAGAUCCUUGAGUUUCGUGCAGGAGGCUGGACUCUCGACGAAACUGCUCAGAAAUACUACUACAGCGAAGUGACGGACUGAGGCCUCCACCAAUCAGAGAAACAAGAAGGCGGGAUGAAAUUUUUAUAUUUACCUUUGAUGAAGGCUUGGAGAUUCACUAGGCAUGAGGUUUGUCACGAUUGGUCAAAGUUAGUUGCAGUACUGGGUUUUGGUUUUGUUGUGGCUUUUUGAAGUUGACUUGAAGUGACAUGAAGUUCAUCAUAUUUACUUUUUUAAUACUCAUUCCUGGUUUAAUAUAGUUUUAUUCAUUCACAUUAUU